AUGCGAGUCACGCCGCCGCCUCUUCUUCCAUACCUUAACGGCGGUGACGAUCUGGACGGCCCGAAUGGCGAGAUCGAGAUGGAAAACGUGACCAGAGUUCGGUUGGUUCAGUUUCAGAAAAACACAGAUGAACCAAUGGGUAUUACCCUAAAAAUGAACGAAGACGGCAAAUGCAUAGUUGCUAGGAUAAUGCACGGAGGGAUGAUUCAUAGGCAAGCAACCCUCCAUGUAGGCGAUGAAAUUAGAGAAAUCAAUGGUAUUCCAGUUAUAAAUCAAUCAGUCAAUGCGCUUCAAAAAAUUCUCAGGGAAGCACGGGGAUCGGUGACGUUUAAAAUAGUACCUUCUUACAGAAGUGCGCCACCGCCUUGUGAGUUGUUCCGGAUUAAACCGCUGCCUGUUUUAAUAUUUGUUAGAGCGCAGUUUGAUUAUGAUCCACUGGAAGACGACCUCAUUCCAUGUGCACAAGCUGGUAUUGCCUUUAAGACUGGUGAUAUUCUUCAAAUUAUUAGUAAAGACGACCAUCAUUGGUGGCAAGCGAGGAAAGACAAUGCUGCUGGUUCGGCUGGUCUUAUUCCUUCCCCUGAAUUGCAGGAGUGGAGGGCCGCUUGCGCGGCAAUGGAGAAAACGAAACAGGAACAAGACGUGGAAAAAGGAUGUUCUUCUCAUGCUAAUGGUUGUGAUGGUACCACAGUGAAUUGCUCAAUAUUUGGUCGUAAGAAAAAACAAUAUAAGGACAAAUAUUUGGCGAAGCAUAAUGCCGUUUUUGACCAAUUAGAUUUAGUUACUUAUGAGGAGGUUGUGAAACUACCCAUGACCGAUCCGGCAUUUCAAAGGAAAACAUUGGUGUUGCUUGGUGCUCAUGGAGUGGGACGGAGGCAUAUAAAGAAUACGUUAAUAGCCAAACACCCGGAUGAAUACGCUUAUCCAAUACCGCAUACAACGAGGCAACCCAGGGCAGAUGAAGAAAAUGGCAGAAAUUACUUUUUUGUCUCUCACGACGAGAUGAUGGCCGACAUAGCCGCUAAUGAGUACUUGGAAUACGGUACUCACGAAGAUGCCAUGUAUGGCACUAAAUUAGAUACUAUUAGAAAAAUACAUCAAGAUGGCAAAAUAGCCAUCCUCGAUGUGGAACCACAAGCACUUAAGGUGCUACGUACUGCUGAGUUCUCACCAUAUGUUGUGUUCAUUGCUGCCCCUGCUUUGCAAAACAUAGCAGAUUUCGAUGGAAGUUUGGAACGAUUAGCCAAAGAAUCUGAU